GGGUAGAAGAAGCAGACACAUCGGUUUCUCUAUCAACAAUGGAUGAGGAAAGAGAAGGAGAGAUAGAGAAGAAGAAGGAAGAAAAAGGAGAAGUGAUUCAAGUGAAGGAAGGAGUAGCAUCAAUAGCUUUACUCCCAUGUGGUUCUAUCUCUGGUCACUUCAUUCACAUGCCUCUCUCCAUCUGUUAUGGUCUCCAUGGCACUGAAUUGGCUUGUGAGACUGAGUGUAGCCGUGGUGAGGAUUAUCGGUUGAUGAAGCUCACCAUCAUUGACUACAAUAAUAAGAAGGAACAAACAGUUGUAGUGGAGUGCAACGGCCACGAUGCUGCUCGGAUCAAUGAUGUUGAGCAUGCUCAUGGUUGGGAGGAAGAUGUGAUAGGAUUAGUGGAAGAAAAGCAUGGGAAGAAGAAAGUAUCCGUUUCGUUUGAGUGUGAGACAUUGAAGGCUGAUCAAGCAGCAGAGGACCAUAUCAGACAGUUUAUGCCCAAACUUGCUGGACUUGAUGCUGUUAUUAACAUUGGACCAAUGAAGAUCACUGGACUUGAUUUUGCUGCGGUAGAAGAUGAACACACAAAUUAAGAUAUCUGUUAACUCUUUCCUUUAUGUGUCAUAUCGUAGAACACAAUCAUAUUUUGUUAAUGCAAUCAAGGAUUUAAUUUUGUGAAAAAAGGUCUUACUACAUGUUCUUAGCAACUCUUCUCAUGCUACUGGAAAUUUCUG